AUGAGGCAUGUCAAUAAUGAACAUGAUGGGCAUCCAAAUGCAUUGUAUGACAAGUGUCAUCAUGGUGAUCUUACUGAAACUAAGAAGUGGAUAAAAGUUGGUUAGUCAUAUGACACUUUCUUCGCAAAAAUGAGUAUAAAAUUGAUAUUUGCUGUUUUUGGUGUAAUGUACUCAGGUGAAUAAGAUGCUUGUGAUGUUACUCUGAGUGUAUAUCCACACCGGGCAGGCUUGAAAAAUAUGCCUGGCCUAAAAUUAUUAAAAAUAUACUAAUUUAAUGUAUCAAUGACUUUAUGCCCAAUUUUCAAGGAUCAAAACCCUAUCAGAAACUUGAAAAUAUUCUAACAAAGACAACCCUGGUCAAAGAUAUCAAGAAGUUUUCACCUGUGCUCCAAACCAGCUUCUUGGAAGGAUUCCACUCAGUACUAAAUUAUUGGCAUCCCAAAAUGAUUUGCUUUUCUUGGUUAGGGGCAUACUGCAGGUCGGUACUGCAAGCCAGUAAUGAAGCUUACAUCUCAUUAGUAUGUUCAACAUAAUUGAUUGGUUAUUGUUUACCUUUAGACACAUCCUAGCAUGCCUACACUUUAAUGAGAAUGUCCAUAGAGAGACAAAGACCUCUAGGACAGGGACUCCAUAUAUACGGGUAACCUACCCAAAGUUUAAAUUAGGGGAGGAAAUGGUCAGAGAGAUUGCUGUCCCAGCAACAUAUCGUAUGUAAAGUGUUAUGAAUCCUUGUAUAAAUGCUGGCACAUGUAUAUGUAAUAUGUUUUAAUUAGUUUUAUUUAUAACACUUUCUCUAGGUUAUGUAGAUGAAAUGCGCCGAGAACUUCUCUACCAUUGCAAUAAGGCAGAUCUAAAUAAAACAUAUCACAAGUACAAGGCCAAAGAACCCAAUUCACUGACAAGCCAAUUCUCUGCUCGCAGAACUAAAGAGGAAGCUAUUAGAAACCAGGCACAGAGGAAAGGGGAAAAAACUAAGUUAUUUCCAUCAGGUAAAUCAUGCUAUAAGGUCUGUAAGGUCUGCUGAUAAUAUGCCUAUCCUAGUUUUCCCAAAGGAAAGGGGGCUAGUGAAUAAUUGAUGUUAUUGUUCUUAUUACAUGAAUAACAAUAAAGUAUCAUAUGCUUUGUUUAGUUGAAACUCAAGACCACCUGAUAACAAAAACAAAAAGAAACCACUGCCAACAAACAGAAAAAGAAGCGUAA